ACUGUGUUCUGACAAGUCUAGUCGUUCCGAAAUUAGGACUCGGAAUUGAAAUCAGGCAGGCGUCUCGUGGCAAUAGGGCGGAAAGGCAGGAGCAUCUCGCAGUCAGCUGUCCUCUGUCACUGAACCAGGUAGGAAGCAGCGCCUUUACACUUAAACCAGGAGAAGAAGAGAAGGAGGAGGUGGAGGAGGAGCAGCAGUCAGGCUUCCUGGACAAGUCACUGGCCAAAGAAACGUCGAGGAGCAGGGUGCUGCUGCUGCUGCGCUAUUCAUUGUCGGAGAAGGAGAAAUUAAACGAGGCAUGUGGGAGAAGGGAAAGUAAAAGCGUGUAACUCCGCGCACGCCGACUGACCUGAGGAUCCCGUAAAAGAAAGAAAGUAGCGGCAGCCGUGCGUCUCGAUCGCAACGAGAUUGUGGACCCUGCUUGUUGGCUCGGUUGGAUUUACAUGUUACUGGCAGGCAAGAUCUUCUCUGUAUUGAAAAAUGACAGGUGUACAACUGUUUGGCUUUGGAUCCACAACUCAGCCAUCUCCAAGAGCAGCAGAGAGAAAACCCAGUGACAAAUGAGCAAUCACUGGAAAAUAAUACUGCCAUUUUUGGAAUCAACAUUGAUUCAUGUUGGAUCGACAUUUCAAUUAAUCUCCUUUAUGAAGAACAAGUCUAGCUUGGCAGUGUUAUAUGACAAUUGUGCUUGAACACUUGUGCCAGAAUGAGGCUGCUUUCUUCUUUAAAUCACAGCGCCACACUAAUCAGAGCCACAAUUAGACCUCCAGAACCCAGAAGACUUGCAGCUGAGAAAUGUGGUUUGGCCAAACAUCAGAUGAUGUGGUAGAACAUUUAGGGCUAAACAGUACCAGGACCACCCUGUUGGAUAUUCAGUUGAAUUGUUUGUUUUUGCCAGCCUGGGAGCUCAAAAUGAAGGUACAGUGUGACUUUUAAUUAACUGUUCACAUCAUCCAGAUUUAAGUAAGGACAACCUGAAUGACAAAUAAGUCGAUGCUUCUAUCUUUAAUCUUUGACACCCAUUAAAAAAACAAUUCAGUGGCAACCAAACAGUGAACUACAGAAAGGAAUGUUUAUUGUGGGAUGGCUGCGACUUGAAAACACUGCUCAGUAAUGAUUACGUGGACAUGGAGAAACAGACUGAUCAUCACUUGUGUUCAUUCAGAUGAGAUCAGAUAAUUUUUUGUCCACAAGACUAAAGUGGAGGAAAAUUUAUGCAUCCCAGAAUAUGCCAUUGACUUGACAGACUGUUUAUGAUGAUGCCAGGCUAACUCACGACUGUCAAUGCUGUGGUUUUUAAGACUUUCAUAGAGUCUUUUAUAUUGAAAUUUAUACCUGUACUCUUUCCCAAAUAUAAAGUGAGGAUGGCCAAAUUAAAGAGCAAUAAAAAAUAUUCUGAGGAGGUCUGAAGGGCUCUGCACUCCGUUGUUAAUAAGGCCCCCAUGUAGCUUUGGAGUAAAUAUAAUGCUGCGGAGAGGCCUGCUGGCUUGGGUUUUUCGAGUGGCCCUGUUAUUGGUGCUGCUGUGCUGCUGUGUUUCACUUGUGUAUUUGCUUGCCUGCAGUCCUCGGGCAGAUGUUGGUCAAGCUCCCCUUCCUUGGGUCAGUGGACCCACAGGAAAGGAUGGGUAUCAGGCUUUGCUGCAGGAACGUGAGGAACAGCACCGUCACUACAUUAGCAGUCUGAAGAAGCAGAUCUCCCAGUUGAAAGACGAGCUCCAGGAGCGGAGCGAACAACUGAAAAAUGUGCAGGACUCCCUGGAGCAUGCCGGUGGAGCCGGGGGCAUCAAGGGAGUUGGAGGUAUAAUUGGGGGGGAAGGUACAAUGGGAGAGAGAAGCCACACAGACUUGAUGGACUUUCUUAGGUCUCAGUUGACCAAAGCAGAAGUGCACACUGGGGUCAAGCUGCCAACUGAAUAUGCAGUGGUGCCAUUUGAUAGCUUCACAUUUCAGAAAGUUUACCAGCUAGAGACGGGUCUCACUCGGCACCCUGAGGAGAAACCGGUGCGUAAGGACAAACGUGAUGAGCUGGCGGAAACCAUAGAAACUGCCCUUGAGACUCUGAAUAACCCUGAGGAGGAAGGCAAUGUCCACCAUCAUACCUACUCCAGCUCAGACUUCAUUGAAGGCAUCUACCGCACCGAGAGGGACAAAGGCACCCACUACGAGCUGACUUUCAAGGGGGACCAGAACCACGAGUUUAAACGUCUGGUGUUUUUCCGCCCAUUUGGUCCUAUAAUGAAGGUGAAGAGUGAAAGAGUGGACACUUCCAACAUGCUGAUCAACAUCAUUGUACCCUUGGCCAAGAGGGCAGACAAAUUCAAGCAGUUCAUGCACAAUUUCAGGGAAGUCUGUGUGAAGCAAGAUGGGAGAGUUCACCUCACCGUGGUUUACUUUGGCAAGGAGCAAGUUGCUGAGGUUAAAUCAAUCCUGGAAAACACAUCAAAGGAAGUCAGCUUUAAAAACUACACUUUCAUCCAACUGAAUGAAGAAUUCUCUCGGGGAAAAGGACUGGAUGUGGGAGCAAAGUCUUGGAAAGGAAACAACGUUCUUCUGUUUUUCUGUGAUGUGGACAUUUACUUCACCGCAGAGUUCCUCAACACUUGUAGACUGAACACUCAGCCAGGGAAAAAGGUUUUCUACCCAGUCCUUUUCAGCCUGUAUAAUCCAGCUUUAAUCUACGGCCAUCAUGAUCCAGCACCGUCUAUAGAACAGCAACUGGCCAUCAAGAAGGACACAGGAUUCUGGAGGGAUUUCGGCUUUGGAAUGACUUGUCAGUACCGGUCGGACUUUAUUAACAUAGGUGGCUUUGACAUCGACAUUAAGGGCUGGGGUGGAGAGGAUGUCCACCUGUAUAGGAAGUACCUGCACAGCAACUUAAUCGUGGUGCGGACGCCCGUCCGUGGACUCUUCCACCUGUGGCACGAAAAACGAUGUGUGGAUGAGUUGACACCCGAACAGUACAAAAUGUGCAUGCAGUCCAAGGCCAUGAAUGAGGCCUCGCAUGGUCAACUGGGCAUGCUUGUCUUCCGUCAUGAAAUCGAGGCCCAUCUACGGAAACAGAAGCUAAAACCCAGCAUCAAGAAGCCCUGAGAUUCAAGGUGAACGUGUGGACAAGGAUUUCAACCUUCAUCACAGAAGAACUUAGUUAGCAUCCUUGGUGCCUUUCAGCCAUGCAGAGUUGAGCAGCAUGGCCGAUAUCGAGAUGUGUCUGUGAUACGGGAGGGCUCAGUGUUUUAAAAAGAAGUUCCACAUUGGAGGAAAGUGGCAAAAAUAAUCAGGGGGUCGAGUUAAACUUGGACAUUCGCAGCUGCGGCAGCCAUAAAAAUUGAUGCCUGGGGGAAAAAAAAUGAAGACGCUGCGGGUAUGCGGUUACAUUCUUUAGGAUUUGUGAGAGAGUGCUGUGUGGGGUACCCGUGCGACACGUCGUUAUCCUACAACUAAAACAAGUCAUGGGAGGUUUGUUGCUUUGUGGCUAUUUAUGUGAAGACGCAGAGUUGAACUUGAAAUUUUCUUUAAUAUAUUUUAUUAUUUAAAAUAGACAGUGAAGCUUAUUUAUAAUGCCUGAGGUUUUGACAUGACUACAGCGGGUUGCCUUGUGAGUGAUCAUUAUUUUCUUUUAAUUUCAAAGCUUUCUGUGGAUUCACUAAAGCAAAACAAAAAUUUUUUUCAGUGAUUUUAUAUAAUUUUUCACUGUGUUAAAAAAAGCCAUAUUUUAUGGAUGAAAGUUUUUCUUGGCAGUUUGCACAUGAAAUCGUUAGUUCCUUAUUUGACAGGAUGCAGGAUCGGGCCUCUACAGUAUAAAUAAGUGCCCCUUUCCGGUUUGCUUGUCUGCAAUUGCAAAAAUCAGGCUAACUAGUGAAAGCAAUUAUUAAACAACUUUGAGAGUUUGGAAA